AUGAGUUGGUAAAGGGAUCUUAAUUUUAGCAUAUAUUGAAAUUGGAUUUCCUUAAAUAUGGUUUUGUAUAAGGCCUGAUUGUCACAGCUGAAAUAUCGAUUAGCUUCUGGCUUUGAUUGUAGGGAAAAACGAACGAACCAAAAAUGCAAGGAAGAUGAGAAAUGUUAGUUAGAUAGAGCCCUUUUCAGAGCAUUGGCAUCUUCAUGAGAGUUUUGUCAAAAACUGCCUAAAGUUUUUGAACCAUUACCAUUCUCUUUCUUGAAACAGCAAAAGAAGCAGAAAGCCAUAUUUGCACACACUGAGAAGAAACCAAAAACACAUCGUUUCUUCAAUUCCAUCACAUUAUAAUUGCUGAAUCUUCUUCAACAAUGUUGGUUUCUCAUCUUCCAGAUUUUACUUGAGGUUAACUAUUUCCAAAAGAUAAUUCAAACGCAUCAAAUUUUGUUCACUUGAGCAUGUCCGGCGGCAAGGUCAAGGGCAUUCUUAAAGGCUUUAGAUACUUUACUCAAAUAUUUGAGAGUGAAAAAGAACAAGAUAUUCAGAUCGGAUUUCCCACAGAUGUAAAGCACGUGGCUCAUAUAGGGUGGGAUGGACCCUCUGUAAAUUCUCCCAGCUGGAUGAACGAGUUUAAAACUUCUCCUACUGUAGAUGUCCAUAAUAAAGGUCUAGAAAAUGGAGCGAAACGAGUUGCCGAAGAAUCAAGGAGAAAAAAUCUUCGAGGGUCGUCAGAUUUACCAAAGGCAUCUAAAAGACAGUCAACGGGUGUUACGGAUUCUCCGUCACGAGAAAAGACAAGCAAACCGCGAACGAGGAAAACAUCGCACAAGAACAAAGAUGAGAUCGCCCACUCACCCCGAAUACCCGAAUACCCGGAUCCAUUUCAACUACCUCCAUCCCUACCCUCACCCGAUAAUAAUAAUAUUCCUAAAAAGUCUCGUCGCCAUAAGACAAAGGAUAAUUCUGGUGGCGUCCCAUCCAAAUUGAGAACCAAAGCCCAUUCUGGUUCGGAUCCUGGAUCCCCGGCCCAACCCAAGUCUAGGAACACCCAUACCACCUUUGAUGAAACUGAACACGAUCUUUUGCUCUAAUGUAAUGUUGCCCUAUUAGUUUAGUGUUGUGCAUAGAUAACUAACUCUUGAAACCAGAACCCAUUUUUAUAUUUCUUAUUAUUACUAUUAUUAUUUCCUUCCUUUCUUCCUUUU